AUGGAGACAAAAAUAUACGCCCUGGGAUCGAACGGCCGCGGCCAACUCGGCAUGGGACAUCAAGAAGACACAUCCACGCCGCAAGAAGUCAAGACGCAUGCACCCAUCAGAUCCAGGAUAAAAGGCAUUGCCUGCGGCGGUAAUCACACCAUCGUGCUCUUCGAAGACGGCACAAUCGCAUCCACAGUACGCCCAACCUUCUGUCUGUCUAGAACGUAGGACUUCGACGCUGAGAACCAGCAGGGCGAGAACGACGACGGGAGAUGCGUGAACUCGGCGUUAGGUCUUCAGAUUACUCUCACAAAUUUACCUGCAAGCAACAGGAGCGAUAGUGGCUAUACUGACGUAGCAGCAACCUGGAAUGCCACGAUUCUGACAAACGGCAAAGAAGUCUUUUCUUGCGGUUCUGGUAACUCUGGAGAGCUAGGUCUGGGACCGACGAUUUCUACUGCAAAGCUUCAGAGCAAGAUUGAAAACUUUCCUCCGAAAGGCACGACCGUCCGGAAGCUGGCAUCAUGCAUGGGACAUGUGGUUGCUGUGCUUUCAAACGGCGAGGUUUGGGGAUGGGGAAAGGGACGUAAAGGGCAGUUGGGUGAACCACUGGAGAAUCGCUCUACGCCGUCAAAGGUUGAAGCCAUUCCAUUCUCUGUGGUGAAUGCUGUCUGCGGUAAAGAUUUUACGUGCGUGUUCGGACAUCCUUCAACAGGCGAGCUACUGGUUUUGGGUCCGUCAAGCAACGAUCGGUUUGGGAUUAAGGAGAACGCUCCCAGCGCAGUGCCUGAAUGGAAGCAAGUGUGUGCGUCCUGGGGAAGCAUCUACGUGCUCCUGGAUUCGGGCCGAAUCACAGCAUGGGGAAGAGACGACCACGGACAGCUUCCUCCGCCCGACCUUCCUCUUUUGCGCACAUUUGCCGCUGGCAGCGAACAUUGCCUCUGCGUCACGGAAGCUGGCAAAGUAUUAGCAUGGGGAUGGGGCGAACAUGGUAACUGUGGUUCUCCUACCGAGUCUCAUGGGGACGUCAAAGGCCGAUGGAACAUACUCGAGACACUCGAUCGAACAUAUGCCGUUUUCUCCGGCUGUGCAACCUCGUUCAUCUUGGCGAAUGGUCCGGCAGAGUCGCAAGCUAUCUCGAACACGAACGGUGUUUCAGGCUGA